AUGGCUGACAACAUAUGCAAGUUGGUUCUAACCUUUUAUAAACUGUCCAAUGAAUUGGGAGACACUGGACAUGUUAGGAAUGUUCUGUUUGAGAAUCCAACUAUAUUUAAUCAGGCAUCAAUGUCAGCGGCAUCAUUGAACCAAUCAAUGUCUUGUGCCAAACUUCGACAUCAUUCAUCGCCAUCGUCAACCAAGAGGGUGGCACCAAUAAGAAUGUCCAGUGAGAAGGAGGACUUGAUCACAGUGUCUGUGUUCCACGAGGAGCAGGCUGGUAACGAAGAGGAGAUUGAAAAGUUUAUUCUAAACAUAAUGUUAGAGUUCCAUAAUAAGUUUGGAGCACUGAUACAAGGUUUGAAACCAACGCUCAACGAGAUGAAUGAGUAUCCAGAUGUGUGUAAGACAAAGGCAGUAGACAUUGUAAAUAGUUUCAAAGAGUUUGAACAAGUCGUGGAUGACAUCAAAGGGCAUACAAGUCUUCAUUAA